UGAGAUAGAGAAGUGGAUGAGAUUCCACUUCGCUGCGCCCCAUCAUCGUCUUCCCCCCUCCAAUCUCCCAACCAUCAGAUCAAGAAGCUCUGGGAGAGAAGCUCCGGCCGUGAGCGACAAUGCCGCUCUGCAGCUUCUACGCCUCCACGUCCCUCCCGGUGGCCAAGCCCCACUCCCUGCCCUCCUCCGCCAAGCUCCCCUCCACCGCCGCCGCGGCGAUCACCACCGUGCAGCCAAAGAAGUCGCCGGCGGCCGUGGCUGCGGCCGCGGCGGCGACCGUCCUGCCGACGACGGCCGAGAACACAGCGUCCAUGACGCCGGCGGAGGCGCUGUCGCUGCACCUGCCGGAGCUGCCGUCGGCGAUGCGGGACAAGAUCCUGAGCCUGGAGCUGAUGGGGGUGGACUACGGGCGCGCGCUGUUGCUGAACCCGGCGCUCCGGGACGCGGCGCCGGAGUCCAUCCACGCGGUGGUCACCUUCCUGCAGUCGCGCGGGCUCCACUUCAAGGACCUGGGCCGCGUCUUCGGCAUGUGCCCGUCCGUGCUCACCGCCAGCGUCCGCGCCGACCUCCGCCCCGUCUUCGCCUUCCUCACCGACGACCUCGGCGUGCCGGAGGCCGCCUACCGCCGCGUGGUCGUCAAGUGCCCGCGGGUGCUCGCCUGCAGCGUCCGCGACCAGCUCCGGCCGGCGCUCAUCUACCUCCGCCGCCUCGGCUUCCGGGACAACCGCGCGCUGGCGUUCCAGGACCCCAUCCUCCUCGUCUCCAGCGUGGAGCGCACCAUGGCGCCCAAGCUGGAGUACCUGGCCGGGCUGGGCAUGUCGCGGGACGACGCCGUGGCCAUGGCGCUCCGGUGCCCGGCCCUCUUCACCUUCAACGUGGAGAGGAACUACAAGCCCAAGUUCGAGUACCUGGUGGAGGAGAUGGGCGGCGGCGUGGAGGACGUCAAGGCCUUCCCGCAGUACUUCACCUUCAGCCUCGAGAAACGGAUCGCGCCGCGGCACCGCGCCGCCGCCGACGCCGGCGUCGACCUGCCGCUGGCUGACAUGCUCAAGGCCACCGACGAGGAGUUCAGCGAGAUGCUCGAGAGGGGAAGGAGCAGAUGAAGCAUUCAGUAUAUAUGGCCGCCGGCCGGCCGGCUGAGAGCGCCGUGCGCCAUGUUCAUGCACGCAGGCGGCCGGCGGGUGCAUGCUUUGUACACUUACCACCGAGCUAUGGCGACCACGGUUUGUACUGUACAUAAUGAUCAAUGGUUGAUGCCACGGCUCCUGACUCACAUCGUGAAGUGAUGAUGCUUCUUUCUUUCCUAGAGGAUGUAUAAGUACCAUUGUACCAAUGAAGUAGUGGGAUGUGCCAUGUGUAUAGUGUUCGUAUAACAUGUUGGGCUGUAAAUAAAGUCAUGGAGGAAAGUUCAAUCGA